AUACCGACCUACACACCCCAUCACCAAUAAUCAUAACCACACCAAAAAAGCACGUGACACACGUGCUCGUCCACCAAAUACGCACGUGAGACUUCCAUAACUCACGUUCACGUGAACGAUUCGUCAUUCGUGACACUUCAUGAAGAUAUUUAUAGCCGUCACAAAAACCCCAAAUUCAACGACGAACUGACACCUCAGAAUCAACUAAUUCACCGAUUGAUUUCAAAAUUAACUCAACAGAUCUUCGAUUCAUAACAAAUAGUAUCGAAAUCAUGAGUUUAUUGAGCUCAAUUGUGCCAAUUUUCGUUGUUUUUUCGCUUUUUCAACAUCAAUUUAUACCUCAAAUUAGGGCUUUUGAUGUUUCGCAACAGUUUCUGCAAAUUGCUAAAUCAGAUGAGGUUUUUGAAUGGAUGAUUGGGAUUAGGAGGCGGAUACACGAGCAUCCGGAGCUAGGUUAUGAAGAAUUUGAGACCAGUAGACUUAUUAGAGACGAAUUGGAUAAAUUAGGGAUUCGUUAUGAGUUUCCGGUGGCGGUUACCGGUGUCGUAGGGUUUAUUGGCUCCGGUGAGCCGCCGUUUGUGGCGAUUAGGGCGGAUAUGGAUGCUCUUCUCAUGCAGGAAAUGGUGGAAUGGGAGCACAAGAGUAAAGUUCCUGGAAAGAUGCAUGCUUGUGGGCAUGAUGCGCAUGUCACUAUGCUUCUUGGAGCAGCCAAGAUUCUGAAAGACCAUAGCCAUCUUUUGAAGGGAACGGUGGUUCUGGUUUUCCAACCAGCCGAGGAAGGCGGUGGUGGGGCAAUACAGGUGGUAGAUAGUGGCGUUCUGGAGAACGUGAAAGCAAUAUUCGGUCUACACGUAUCUCCAGCUUUACCUUUAGGUCAAGUGUCUUCCAGAUCCGGUACUCUUUUAGCCGGUAGUGGUUUCUUUGAAGCUGUCAUAACCGGAAAAGGAGGUCAUGCAGCCAUUCCCCAACAUUCUAUUGACCCGAUUUUAGCAGCUUCAAAUGUUGUUGUUAGUUUGCAACAUCUCGUCUCACGAGAAGCCGAUCCUCUUGAUUCUCAGGUAGUUACAGUUGCUAAGUUUCAAGGCGGUGGAGCGUUUAAUGUUAUUCCGGAUUCAGUCACCAUUGGUGGUACCUUUCGAGCUUUUUCGAAAGAAAGUUUUAUGCAACUUAAGCAGCGAAUUGAGGAGGUUAUUAUAGGGCAAGCAACGGUACAAAGGUGUAAUGCAACUGUUGAAUUCUCUUCAAAAGACAAGCCGUUUUUCCCUGCAACAAUAAACGACAACAAAUUGCAUGAGUUCUUCCAAAAUGUUGCAGGGAACAUUCUCGGGCCUACUAACGUUAAAACAAUGCUGCCGUUAAUGGGGUCAGAGGAUUUUUCGGUUUACCAAGAGGUGAUACCUGGUUACUUCUACUUUCUUGGAAUGAAGGCUGAAUCAAACAAGAAACCCGCAUCGGUUCAUUCUCCGUUUUUUGAAGUUAAUGAAGAUAUACUUCCGUUUGGCGCUGCUAUGCAUGCAUCUCUGGUUGUUAAUUACCUCACUGAACUUCAAGGUUCAGAAACUCGAUCAGAAAAACACCAUGAUGAACUGUAAAGUCUUUCUUUUUUUUGAAUUUGAUAUAUCGCCUUUUUUCGGGACCAGUUUGGUCCAUGUGCCAUUGUUGUAUCAUUUGGCAUCAUAUGCAGAAAAUUUAUCUCAUCAACAAAUGAUAAGGAUACAUUAUGAUGAUUAUGGAAUUGGUUUAUAUUUGUUAUCUGGUGAA